CAAAUGUUUGAAAUGUUUUACACACAGCAUGAGAGGACACCGAUCCAAACCAAAAUAAUAUGAAAUUAGAGACAAUUUGAGUUAAACUGUGUGGUUUUUACAGCUGAAUAUACUCGGAGUACACAUACUUAAAGAAUUAGCGACUGACAAAGCCAUGUUUCGGCAAACGAAGACGGUGCUCCAGAAACUUCGAUGUGUAAGUUUCAAAGGCAAGCAGUAUACCAGGAAGCUGAAGAGCACUUCAGCACAAGAGAGGGCCUGUCAGUACCAACUAGGACAGAAAAUCCAUGGCUUUACAGUCAAAGAGGUUGUAGUGGUGCCUGACUUGUUCCUCACAGCAGUGAAGUUGACUCAUGAUAAAACUGGAGCUCAGUACCUCCACGCAGCCAGAGAUGAUUCCAAUAACCUCUUCAGUGUCCAGUUCAGAACAACCCCCAUGGACAGCACAGGGGUCCCACACAUCCUGGAGCACACGGUGCUUUGUGGAUCUGAGAAGUAUCCCUGCAGAGACCCUUUCUUCAAGAUGCUCAACAGGUCCCUGUCCACCUUCAUGAACGCUUUCACAGCCAGUGACUACACCAUGUAUCCAUUCUCAACCCAAAAUGGGAAAGACUUCCAGAAUCUUCUGUCAGUCUAUCUAGAUGCAGUUUUCUUCCCGUGUUUGCGAGAGCUGGAUUUCUGGCAGGAGGGCUGGAGACUGGAGAAUGAAAAUCCCACAGAUAUCAAGUCCCCUCUGGUUUUUAAAGGAGUGGUGUUCAAUGAAAUGAAAGGAGCUUUUUCGGACAAUGAGCGUGUGUACGCCCAGCACCUCCAGAACAAGCUGUAUCCUGACCACACCUACUCUGUGGUGUCAGGAGGGGAGCCUCUGGCCAUUCCCGACCUCACCUGGGAGCAACUCAAACAGUUCCACGCCACACAUUACCACCCCAGCAACGCUAGGUUCUUUACUUAUGGAGAUUUGCCUUUGGAGCAGCAUCUCAAGCAGAUCGAAGAGGAAGCACUGUCCAAAUUUGAACGCAUCAACCCAAACACAGAGGUCCCGUCCCAGCCGCACUGGAGCAGCCCUAGAGAAGACCAUGUGACCUGCAGCCCUGAUGCUAUGGCUCCAGACCCAGCCAAGCAGGACACACUGUGUGUGAGCUACCUGCUGGGAGACAUCACGGACACAUUUGAAGGAUUCACUCUCAGCCUGCUGUCAUCUCUAAUGAUCUCUGGACCAAACUCUCCCUUCUACAAAGCUCUCAUUGAACCCAAGAUAGGAACCGACUUCUCUUCUGUCGUAGGAUAUGACGGCAGCACCAAAGAGGCGUCAUUCAGCAUAGGACUGCAGGGAAUGGCUGAGGAGGAUGCAGAGAGGGUGAAACAAACCAUCAGCCAAACCAUCGAUGAAAUUAUAGAGACAGGCUUUGAGGAGGAAAGAAUCGAGGCUCUUCUCCACAAGAUUGAGCUACAGAUGAAACACCAGUCCACCAACUUUGGCCUGUCUCUGGCCUCGUACAUUGCAUCAUCGUGGAACCACGACGGCAACCCGGUGGAGCUGCUGCAGAUCAGUGACAGUGUUGCUAAGUUCAGACAGGCUCUGAAGGAAAACCCUCGCUUCCUCCAGGACAAAGUUCAGCACUACUUUAAGCAUCAGAGAAGUUUUUUGGGGCUUGGGCUGAGUGCAGCAGACCUCCAGGAUCUCCAACGGUGGCCUUUGCUGAACGGCGAGUCAGUUCAGAGGGGAGAAACAAAACUGAAAGCACCAGACGAAGAAGGGGAGGGCAGCCGGUGUCGGGGCGAGACUAAUCAGACCUGGACCGAGAGCUGUUCCUCUACAAAUGUCUGUCCAAUGGCUGAUGCAGGCGAGUGA